AGAGGGCGGCGGCCGCGGCGCGCCCUGCGCGGAGCUGGGAGCGCGAUGGUCAGCCGCCGCGGCGCGGCAAGAUGCUGGAUGGGUCCCUGCUGGCGCGCUGGCUAGCUGCGGCCUUCGGGCUGACGCUGCUGCUCGCCGCGCUGCGCCCUUCGUCCGCCUACUUCGGGCUGACAGGUAGUGAGCCCCUGACCAUUCUCCCACUGACCCUGGAGCCCGAGGUGGCUGCCCAGGCGCACUACAAGGCCUGUGAUCGCCUGAAGCUAGAACGCAAGCAACGUCGUAUGUGCCGCCGGGACCCCGGCGUGGCUGAGACACUGGUGGAGGCCGUGAGCAUGAGUGCACUUGAGUGCCAGUACCAGUUCCGUUUUGAGCGCUGGAACUGCACCCUGGAUGGCCGUUACCGUGCUAGCCUGCUCAAACGAGGCUUCAAGGAGACCGCCUUCCUCUACGCCAUCUCCUCGGCUGGCCUGACACACGCGCUAGCCAAGGCGUGCAGUGCAGGACGCAUGGAGCGCUGCACGUGUGAUGAAGCACCUGACCUGGAGAACCGAGAGGCCUGGCAGUGGGGUGGCUGUGGAGACAACCUCAAGUACAGCAGCAAGUUUGUCAAGGAAUUCUUAGGCAGGCGGUCUAGCAAGGAUCUGCGAGCCCGGGUGGACUUCCACAACAACCUCGUGGGUGUGAAGGUGAUCAAGGCUGGAGUGGAGACCACCUGCAAGUGCCAUGGCGUGUCGGGCUCCUGCACAGUGCGGACCUGCUGGCGGCAGCUGGCACCCUUCCAUGAAGUAGGCAAGCACCUGAAACACAAGUAUGAGACUGCACUUAAAGUGGGCAGCACCACCAAUGAAGCCACUGGUGAAGCAGGUGCUAUCUCCCCACCGCGGGGCCGGGCUUCGGGGGCAGGCAGCAGUGACCCACUUCCCCGUACUCCAGAGCUUGUGCAUCUGGAUGACUCACCCAGCUUCUGCCUGGCUGGCCGCUUCUCCCCAGGUACAGCUGGCCGCAGGUGCCACCGUGAGAAGAACUGUGAGAGUAUUUGCUGUGGCCGUGGCCACAACACACAGAGCCGAGUAGUGACAAGACCCUGUCAGUGCCAGGUACGCUGGUGCUGCUACGUGGAGUGCAGGCAAUGCACACAGCGAGAGGAGGUCUACACCUGUAAGGGCUGAGCCCCAGACCCUGCCAGCCCUGCUUACUUGGGGUAUAGGCAUUGCACGCAAUGUGAGGGGUCUACACCUACAAGGGCUGAGCCCCCAGACCCUGGCAGCCCUGCCACAUGGGGUGUAGGCAUUGCACACAGUGUGAGAGAUCUGCACCUGAAAGGGCUGAGCCCCCAGGCCCUGCCAGCCCUGCCUCAUGGGAUGUAGGCAUUGCACGCAGCACGAGGAGUCUACACCUGUAAGGGCUGAACUCCUGGGCCUGAUAAACCUCUCUGUAUGGGGUACAGGCAUUGCACGUAGUGCCAGGGCUAAGCCCCAUAGGUCCAGGCAGCCCUGCUUUGUGGGAUGUAGGCAUCAUACACAGCACAAGGGGUCUCUAUAAGGUCUGAGGGGCUCUCCUAGCACAUUGGGGCCCUGGCUAAUUGUCUGAGUUCGCUGUCUCCCCUCUCAAAGGCCCAGAGGUAGGUCUAGCACCUGUCUUGCCUCUUCAACCACUCUGCUUGUGCUCUGGGCCUGAGCUUUCUCCCCCUGACCCGAGAGUGUUGCAGCAAUGCUUUCUGAGUUGUUUCUGUCCCUGACACCCCAGUCCCUGGAAGGGCCCUUGUCAGGUGUCCAGUCUGUUGACUGCCCCUCCCUGCCUCCGGGCUCCCUCUGAGGCUUGGAGGACAGGUGUAUCUUUAUGACCACGUGGCUGCCCAUGGGGAAUGGGCCUGGCGCAGCACCCCAGCACCAGCACUGUCUUCAGAGAGCCAAACCACUAGGAGAGUGCAGCAUGCUGUGUCUCUAGGGCCUAGCCGCCCAGAUUCCUGGGCUUGGAGGCACUGCCAUCCCUCUCUAACAUUGAGCACUUCUCUUUGGAGUGAGUAUCAGUGACUUUUAAAUUAUUAUUAUUUAAUAUAGUAAUUAUUAUGUCCUCUACCCCCACUGCCUCCCAGGCUGUGGCUCUUCCCCCUGACAUGCCCUGGGCUGAAUGGAGCUGACCUGGGAGGCUCCCUCUUCCCACCCCUCCACACUCCCUCCUACUCUGCUUGCUUUCGUUUGAAACCACUAAAUCAAGUUGAUGUUGGGAAAGAAAUGAAGCAAGCAAACCUGGCCAUAGCCCAGAGGGCUUUGGAAUCCCACUCCCCCACCCCUGCUCUGCCAACAGGGACUGCUUUGCACCCUGCAGACAAAUGGCCCAGCAUCUGAGUUUCUGGAUGCAGAUUAUGGGGCUAGGAGUAGAUAUGGUGACAGAGGCCAGGCUUACCUUCAGGGUCCAUCUUCUGAGGAAGCCAUGCUUGCUUGGGAGGAGGCAAGGACAUGGCAGACACAUGUGCUGACUUUCCAGCCAUUCUAUUAUCUUUGCAGGGAAGGGUGGCUACACUGACCUGGUUUGGUUUGAGUGUGUGUGUACAUGUGUGAGUGUAUGCGUAAGCGUGUGCAUGCUGUGCUGGCAUGGUCAGCAUUCAGCUGGGCAAUGCCCCUCCUCAGAGCACCAUAUGGUCACUCUUUGGCUCCCAGAGACUCCAGCCCUGGGCUCAUCUGGGUAGUGACCCAGUGGGUGUGGACUAGGGUCUGGGCAGGCAGCAGGUGUGGAUGCAGGAACUACUGAGCAAGGAGCUAGCCACUCAGAGCCCCAGGGGUCCAGGAAGCUGAAAGAGGACUAUGUUUUUAAAAAUAAAACCUAUUUAAAUGGAUGUGGAUCUCUGGUCCCUCUUGGAUAGUGUAAAUAGCAAAGUUUAUUCUCCUGUGGUUCAGAUGACCACUCACCAGGAAGUGAGUGUGGGUGGCACUGUGUGAUGGCACCAAAAAGGCCAGGCUAGGGAGUUGGGUAGGCUGUUGGGUAAGAGGGCACACCCUGUUCUCCCCAGACAUCUGCACCUGCUAGGGUGCUGUGACAGGACAGACCGGCCACACUCUCCUUGCAAUACUGAGCUCAGUCACUGUUGGGCCUGGGGAAAGGUGUUGGGUCAGAGGAAGGAUAUGUAUUUUUUUUAAUCAAAUAUCACAUUUAACUCUAUGUCCUGAAUAUUCAGAACAAUAUUUUUUAAACAAGGCAGACUGAAAAUGUCUGCUGGCUGGUUUGUUUCUAUAUAAAUAUAUAUUAGAAUGUCUUGCUCAAUGAAGAAGCAACUACUGCAUGCUGGAACCUCUGUUUAAUGUGCUUCUCUUUCGUGGGGCAGAGUGGAAGGAAAGUGUCCUGCUAGGCAGUGUAGAGUGAGCAGGGGUCUCUUCCCUUUCCUUGGUGUCCAUGGUGUGGACCAGGCACCACUUUGCCAUCUUCUCCCCGCUGGCCACCCUGGGAAGUCUGGACUCUGAGGCCUGCUUUUGGCUGGGCAAAUGUGUGGGACACAUGAGGGACCCGUCUUUGUGUGGAGUCUUGUGUGAGCCUAUUGAUUUCUCUACCUCAUCUGUAUAGUGAGUAGCUGUGUACCUGAGUGACUGCGGGGAAUGUAUUUAUUUAACGGCUUUGUAUAACAGAACCAGAAACAAAUGGAAACACUAAAUAAAUGUAUUUUAAAUUAUAGCAACCUCGGUCUGCUGCCUCCACAAGGGUUUGGGGGGCAUGGGAGGA